AUGACUGCCAUCGAUUUGAAUGUGGCCCAGGAGGACGAGUUCCCCACCCACGAAGAACUUGAAAGUCUACCGCGCGUUCCUGAUAAGAUUCCAUGGCGAGUCUACACAGUCGCCUUUGUGGAACUGUGCGAACGGUUUUCUUACUAUGGCACUGCUAUUCUGUUCCAGAACUUUGUGCAACGCAAACUCCAAACUCCCACUGGUAAGGCUGUUAACCCUAGCGGGGACUAUAACAACAACCCUGGUGCCCUUGGCCAGGGGCAGCAGAUUGCUACUGGAAUGAGCACGUUUUUCUCAUUUUGGUGCUAUGUUACUCCACUUUUGGGUGCGUAUCUGGCAGAUAGCUAUCUGGGGAGGUUUAACAUGAUUAUGAUUUCCAUUGCGUGUGCUGUCGUUGGACAUGUAGUCUUGAUUGCGGCAGCCGCUCCCUCAGUGCUUGAGAACUCCAACGGCGCUUUCGCUGCAUUCAUUGUCGCUAUUGUCAUCUUUGGCUUGGGCACAGGAGGCUUCAAACCCAACAUAUCACCCCUCAUCGCUGAGCAGAUCGUCAGUGACAGACUUCGAGUCCAGACGACGGAAAAGGGUGAACGUGUAAUUAUUGAUCCAGCUCAGACCUCAGCAAGAAUCUAUAACUGGUUCUAUCUCUUCAUCAAUAUCGGUGCCUUGGUCGGCCAGAUCUCAAUGGCGUAUGCGGCGCUCUAUAUCGGUUACUACCUUGCAUUUCUCCUUCCGACAAUUAUGUUCCUCUUCUGCCCUAUUGUCCUACUCGUGUUCAAAAAGCACUAUCGCCUGACACCCCCCCAAGGUUCGGUUCUCGGCCCAGCGGUGAAGGUUCUUCUCUACGCCACCAAAGGUCGUUGGUCUCUAAACCCAGUACAGACAGUACGAAAUAUGCGCAGUGCAAAUUUCUGGGAUGAUGUUCGACCCUCCCGGAUCCCUGUUGAUAAGCGACCCAGCUGGAUGGUGUUUGAUGAUGCCUGGGUGGACGAGGUUCGCCGAGGCUUCAAAGCUUGUACCGUCUUUCUAUGGUAUCCUCUCUACUGGGUGACGUAUAACCAAAUCAACAACAACCUCACUUCCCAGGCAAACGUUAUGCGGCACACAGGCGUACCUCCGGAGAUCGUCAGUAAUCUCGACCCACUUGUCCUCAUUAUCCUUAUUCCCAUCUGCGAUCUAUUUAUUUACCCAGCACUACGCAAACGGGGCAUCAAAUUUACACCGAUCAAGAAAAUCGCACUGGGAUUUUGGACCGGCGCUGCAGCCAUGGUGUACGCCUGCCUCGUGCAGAACUAUAUCUACAACCAUAAUGAAUGCGGCAAGUUCCCAAGCGAGGGCCUACCCGACGGCAGCGAUUGUCCCGCGGCCAGCAUCUCCAUCUGGGUGCAGACCGGCGUCUACAUCCUGAUUGCAAUCAGCGAGAUCCUCGCCUCCGUUACUAGCCUGGAGUACGCGUUCACCAAGGCGCCCAAGAAUAUGCGAUCCAUGGUGCAGGCGUUUGCGCUCUUCAUGACGGCCCUUGCGAACGCCAUCGGAGAGGCGCUGUUAAGUCUAUCUACCGAUCCUCUUUUGGUGUGGAACUACGCCAGUAUGGCCGUCAUUGCAUUCGUCGCUGGCUGUCUCUUCUGGAUCACCCAUCGCCAUCUUGAUGCCGAGGAGGAUGAGUUGAACCAGUUGCCCACCGGCCGGGUGGUGAGACAGAAUGAAAUAAGAGGGCUGAAUGUGGAUGAUGAGAACAUUACAAGUGGAAAUAGCAUUGAUGCUGCUUCUCUUGAGACGGAUAAGGUCGUGCUCGGCGCUCACAAGUCGUAG